UUGAAGUGCUUGAUUUAAACCCCUAUAAAUACCCACUCUAAUCCAUGCUUUCAUAUCAUCACAUUCACUACCAUUUUAGCUUUCCAAUUCCUUCUUCUUCAGCUUUCACUCCUUCACCACUCUUCAUACUAGAAUGGCAUCAGUUGAGGUUGAAUCAGUUCCAGUGGCGGAGAUCGUGGCUCCAGCUAAGGCACCGGAGAAAGUGGAGGUGAAGGAAGAAGUGGCCGAAGCCGAGCCAAAGAAAAUAGUGGCGGCAGUGGAGGAGCCAGUUGUUGAAGCCGAGACGAAGGAAGUUACUGCUGAAGAGACAGUGGAGGUAAAAGAAACCGAAGCAGAAGAAGUCGUCCCAGAGAAAGAGCCGGAGGCUGUUGAGGAAGCCGCCAAGGAGGAGGAGGCGGCUCCCGUCACAACAGAAGAGGUUGCUCCAGCUGAAGCCGCCAAGGAGGAGGAAGUGGCUCCAGCUGAAGCCGCGGAAGAGGUUGCUCCAGCUGAAGCCGCCGCCAAGGAGGAGGAGGUGGCUCCAGCUGAAGCCGCCGCCAAGGAGGAGGAGGCUGCUCCAGUUGAGAAAACUGAUGAGUGAAGAGAAGCUAUACAUAUCACAGAAGAUGGCAGUAUUUGAAUCUUUUAUUGGUGGUUAAGUUUUAUUAUUACUAUUAUUAUUAUUAUUAUUAUUUAUUUAUCUUUUAUUGUACUAGUGCUAUCAUUCAAGUUUUUCUAUCUUGGGGUGUUUGAGAGUAAUUUGAAGAGUCCAAUCCAAGUCUUGGAUGAAUAUAUUUCGAGUAAUCAAAGUAGUCUGCUUGGUUUAUUGGAGUUUCAACCUUAUAUUUGAAUUAAUAAAAUUAAGUUAUACUAGUA